CACAUUUAUUGUUUUUUAGUCUAAGAAUUAAAAAAUAAAAAAUAAAAAUCCCUCCUCUCUCCUCUGAACCCAAAAAUAACGCCAUCCAAUCCCAAUUCACCCCGUAACUCUCUCUCUCUCUCGCAGACAGUGAAAUGAUAGAAAGCUGAUUUCUCGAGUGGAAUUUUGUAUACAACACCAUCCAGGACUUUCUUUUUUGUGAGAUCAUUGCAGCGAGUAGGAAUUUGUGUUGAAGAUCAAUCAAUUAUGGACUAUUCGCAGUCGCAGCAGCAGAAGAGAUGCGAUACAGUCCUGCUCUCUCCAGCUCAAACUCCGCGAUCUAGCGUGAGAAGGAGCUUGAGGGAUUCGUUAUCAAUGGACCUGUGGAGUUCGAAUAUCAAGCCUGAUAGAGGAGUCAAUGUGGAGGUCAUUCUGCGUUGCAGGCCAUUAAAUGACGACGAGAAGCAGCUAAAGUUACCUGUAGUGAUUUCAUGCAAUGAGGGUAGAGGAGAAGUUUCUGUGGUCCAAAACACAGCUUAUAAGCAGAUAGAUAAAACCUUUUCCUUUGACAAGGUUUUUGGUCCUACAUCGCAGCAAAAAGAGCUGUUUGAUGAAGCCAUCUCUCCUAUUGUGAAUGAAGUUCUCGAGGGCUACAAUUGCACUAUCUUUGCAUAUGGUCAGACAGGAACGGGAAAAACUUACACAAUGGAAGGCGGCAGAGUAGGAGAAGUAGAGAGUGGAGAAUUUCCUAGUGAUGUAGGAAUAAUUCCAAGGGCAGUUCAGCAAAUUCUUGAUGUUCUUGAAGCUAGAAAUGAGGAAUAUAGCAUGAAAGUUACCUUUCUAGAGCUUUACAAUGAAGACAUAAUGGACCUGCUUGCACCAGAUGAAAGUUUAAAUGGCCCGGAUGACAAGUCCAGGAAGCCAAUAGCCCUCAUGGAAGAUGGUAGAGGUGGUGUUUUUAUAAGAGGUUUGGAGCAGGAAGUUGUUUGCACUGCAGAUGGAAUAUAUAAAAUCUUGGAGAAAGGGUCAGCAAAACGGCACACUGCUGACUCUCUGCUCAAUAUGCAAAGCAGCCGCUCUCACACUAUAUUUUCCAUCACUAUUCAUGUCAAAGAGAGUUCUUCCAAUGGGGAGGAGCUAAUGAAGUGCGGAAAACUUAAUCUUGUUGAUCUUGCUGGUUCUGAGAAUGUAGUACGGUCUGGUGCAAAAGAGGGAAGAGUUAGGGAAGCUGGGGAGAUCAAUAAAAGCUUGCUUACGCUCGGUCGAGUUAUUAAUGCACUAGUUGAACACUCUGGACAUGUUCCAUACAGGGACAGUAAGUUAACAAGAUUAUUGAGAGAUUCGCUUGGUGGGAAUACAAAGACGUGCAUAAUUGCUACAGUAUCACCAUCUAUCCAUUCUUUGGAAGAGACACUCAACACUCUAGAUUAUGCUCAUCGUGCCAAAAAAAUCAAGAACAGACCAGAGGUCAAUCAGAGGGUGGCCAAAUCUGAGUUGAUCAAGGAUCUGUAUAAAGAGAUAGACCGCCAUAGGCAAGAAAUAUAUGCUGAAAGGGAGAAGAAUGGCAUUUAUAUACCACACAACCGUUUCCAAAGUGAAGAAGCUGAGAGGAAGGCCUUGGUUGAGCAGAUUAAGAGCAUGGAAUUUGACUUAGUAUUUAAAGACAAGGAACUCAUGGGGCUUCAGAAGCUUUAUGAUAAGCAGCAAACUUUGACAGCUGAAUUAAGUGAAAAACUCCAAAUGACACAAAAAGAUUUUGAGAAAACUCAAAAUACUUUGCUCGAAAUAGAAGGCAGAAAUAGAAAGGCAAAUGCAAUGAUAAAAGAAAAGGAGCACUUGAUUUCUCAUCUUCUCCAAUCCGAAAAAUCCCUUACAAAACAAGCAUUGGAGCUGCGGGAAGAGCUGGAGCAUGCAGCUUCUGAGGCAUCCAACUUGUUUUCCAAACUUGAACUGCAGGAUAAAUUGGAAAAUGGGAAUAAAAUUCUUGUCCAGAAAUUCCAAACUCAAUUAGCUCAGCAACUUGAUGUUUUGCAUCUAACUGUUGCAGCCUCCGUAACACAACAGGAGGAGCACCUGAAAUCAAUGGAAAAAGAUUUCAAUUACUCUCUGUCUAAAAAAAUGGGGGGUAUUCAAGAACUCACAACCCAAGUCAGACAUCUAAAAAACACGCAUGAAUCUAGCAUUAAAUCUUUGGAUGAUAUAUCUGAAGAGCUUGAUAUGAAUUAUCGAUCAGCAUUUUCAAAUUUGACUUCAGAAGUGUCAAGGAAUUCUUCUGCUCUUGUUGGUCUUUUGGAAGAGAAGUUUCUGGAGAUAAAUGACAUUCUUGAUGAUGUACAAAGGGAUCUCUUUAAUCAACAGGAAAAGCUUGCUGAAUUUGCAGAACAGCAACGCCAGGGUCAUUCCAAAACACUGCAGUUGACAAGAUCCAUGUCUGAAGCUAUGAUGAAGUUCUUUGAGACUUUAGGCACACACACUUCUAGUUUGACCCGAAUUAUGGAAGGGACCCAAAAAAUAAAUGGACAGAAACUCUAUGAUCUUGCAAAGGAGUUUGAGGAUUGCGCUGCUUUUGAGAAAAGGCAACUCUUGGAAAAAGUAGCUGAGCUUCUGGAUAUAUCAAAUGACAGGAAGAAAAACCUGGUUCAAACAGCAAUUAAUAGCCUUUUGGAGAGUACAGCCAGCAGAACCUGCAAGCUACAGAACGAGAUGUCAAAUCUGCAAGAUUUUUCCUGUUCUGUUAAAUCUGAAUUGACAACUCACAUGGAAACAAUAGCAACCAGCUAUCUUGUUGCUACAGCUGUGAUGGAUAACGGAAAGGAUGGUUUUGAAAAAUGCCUUCAACAAUGUAUGUCAAAGGCAAGAAUGGGUGUUUCUCAGUUAAGGAAUGCCCAAGAAUCAGUUCUUGAUGUACAGAAAAGAAACGUUGGUUCUCUUGAUUCCAUUGCCAGGAAUGAAUUGGAAACCAGCGGCAUGAUCCUAUCAAAAGUUUCUUCUUUUGCUUUAUCAGCACUUGAAGAAACUGGCAUUGCAUACAAGUCUCUUCUUUCCUCCAUUGAGAAUUUGUUGAAACUAGAUCAUGACGCACAUAAGAACAUCCGUUCCGUUGCUGUUUCUUCUUUUGAAGAUAUGAAAGGAUCGGGAAGCAAUCACUACCACACAAUUCUUAAGAUCAAGGAAGCUGGGCAAUGUUUUCUGGAUGAAUACAAGGUGAAUGAGCCUUACUGUUUGACACUUGAAAAGAGAUCAUCAAAUACACCAAGCACAGAAUCUAUUAAAGAACUCAGAAACCCAACAUUUCAAAAGUUGUCAAGAACAUUUUCAGGAGAUUCAUCAGUGCAGCAAGAAUCUGAGGAUCAAAAUAUUCUGUCAGAUGUCUGUGAGUCUGUUCGCCCCUUGAGUAAUUCGAGAGUUACUCUCACAGCCAUCAACUGAGGUGGAGAAACUGACAGACAAUAACGACACAGAAACAGGAUCAGUAGGCACAUACUUGCAGAAGAAUAUCUACAGGAAGUAGCGUGCAACUCGUUCAGUUCUGUCGAACAAGAAUUUAUUUUCCAAUUCUUCCCUUCACCAACUUCCAGUAAGUUUCAUUUUGUUGAGAGUCACAGCAUCCAAGGCUCUGCACUAGUCCUAACGGCUAAAUGAAUGUUCAACUUGUUUGAGCCUAUACCAGCCAAGUAAACAUGGAAAUCAGAUUCGAGUUUUUUAAAUGUCAACCACCUUCUAGUUUAAUUUAUUUUUUGAUAUACCAGGAGACUGCAACCCAAAUUCUGCAGGGGAUUGGGAUGAUGUAAGCUGAGCUACAGCUAAUUGGCACAUUACUCUGAAGUAGAUGAUAUCACAGUGAAUUCAGUUGGAUGUGCUUGAUAUGUGCUUGUUCUUAAGAAAUAGUUAUCCAAGGGAAGCUUCCAAGCUGCAUUACCUACAACACUGUUCCUUCUGUAGAAUAACACUACUCAUUUAAAUACUUGCUCACACUUUUUACUCUUUUU